GAAGUCUUUGAGCUGGGGCGGCGCGUGCGUGCGGGCUGUUGGGGGGUAACGGUUUCUUCCGUUCUCUCUCUCUCUCUCUCUUUCCCCCCCCCCGCCGGUUGGCUGAGGCUCGCUCGCGGCCAUGGCGUAUCGCGGGCAGGGCCAGAAGGUGCAGAAGGUGAUGGUGCAGCCCAUCAACCUCAUCUUCAGGUACCUGCAGAAUAGGUCCAGGAUUCAGGUGUGGCUCUAUGAACAGGUGAACAUGCGCAUAGAAGGCUGUAUCAUUGGUUUUGAUGAAUACAUGAACCUGGUUCUGGAUGAUGCAGAGGAGAUACACUCAAAAACAAAAGCAAGGAAACAGCUGGGUCGGAUCAUGUUAAAGGGGGACAAUAUUACUCUUCUACAAAGUGUUUCUAACUAGAACUUGUCAUUCAGAGGGUGGAAUACACUAAAGAGUGUUCCGAACUAGAAUUUUCACUCAAUGUGCGGGGUGGACUAAACAUUAUUAUAAACAAGAGUCACUGUGCUGGGAAAGUGGAUGGUGUUUUGAAAAUAAAAACUCCAAAUGAGCUUGAUUUGAAAAGAGUAAAAACAGUAACUUCACUGGUGUCUUGAGUGUGAGCCAGUCUGGCAAUUCUUCUUUCAUAGUAACAUUUUUUACAUUGGAGAACCAAUUAAUGUCGGGGGUAAUUUUUAUGUUAACUGUGAACUUAAAUUUAUUUGAUCUCAUGCCUACAUCCCUCCCUCACAGUUUUUGUUGGGGGAAAAUAUGUAAUCUAAAAUAAACCUUUUUUUCUUAAAA